UUCUAAAUCUAAAAGUUUGAUUGGAUGAUCUAGAAGAAUAUUUCAACAUCUUGAGUCUGUUGAACGCAGUCAUGAUAUCAUUCGGGAGUUGUCACUUUUCAGAUGUGAAGAGGUUAUGACGUUAAGUCUGACGUUUGCGUUAAUUGUAUUUUUUGUGUAAAAAUUUGAGGAUUCAAGAAACGUGAACAAAUCAAUUGUCAAAAGGAGAAAGACGAGAGGAACAUAACUGGUGACAAGUAACUAGAAAUACCAGUCAAGGAUGUUUUCAAGUGGCCCAAAUUAUACCAAGUUGAAGACACAUUUGCGAUUAGCGAUCAACCGAUUAAAAUUGCUAGAAAAGAAAAAAACUGAACUGGCACAGAAGGCACGCCGCGAGAUUGCCGAUUUCAUUGCUGCUGGUAAAACGGAGCGUGCUAAGAUUAGAGUGGAACAUAUCAUACGUGAGGACUAUAUGGUGGAAGCAAUGGAGCUACUGGAGAUGUACUGUGAUCUGCUGCUGGCACGUUUUGGUCUCAUCCAGCAAAUGAAAAAUCUUGACGACGGUCUGGCGGAAGCUAUAUCAACUAUUCUUUGGGUAGCGCCUCGCAUCCAGACAGAUGUGCAGGAAAUCAAGGUGAUAGCGGACAUUUUGACGUCCAAAUACGGUAAACAGUAUACGGAAGCGUGUCGGGAGGAGGCAAUUCAGACAAUAUCGGAGAAGCUGAAGCAUAAAAUGAGCGUGCAGUCGCCGUCAAAAUUACUUGUAGAGAAAUAUCUAAUAGAAAUAGCAAAAAAUUACAACGUGGAAUAUGAGCCGGAUCCACAAGUAAUGGCAGAAGCCCAGGAUGCAAUGUUAAUAGAUAUAGGAGCCAGUGGAGGGGAAUCGAGGAAUAAUUUGGAUACAGCCAGCGGAGGAGGAAUACCUCAUCCUCUUGGUUUUAUAGGUUUUCCACAAGCACCUCUACUACCCGAUUCUGGAUUUCAUUCGAGCGAUUCUUCAGAAAAGGAAACUUCUACCUUAGGAUUCGUAUCACCAAUGUCUCCACCAUCUGUUGAAAAAGAUCAGAAUACUCCUUUCAAUCCCAAUGCAUUUUCAUAUAACAUACCUUUGGACAAUGCUAAUUCGAACAAACCCGAAGAAGAUUUACCACCACCGUAUCGGCCUGACUUUCCGCCUGAUUUAAAUAAACAGUCAGAUGAAAAACCGAAACCUCAGCCAAGGUCAAAAAUGCCGAUGAAUAACUAUCUGCUUCCGGAUCUGCCAGCAGUGCCGACAGAAAAUAAUGAUUCACCUGUAAAUCCACCUAUGAAUGAUGACAUUGAUUUUGAUGACUUGAUGAAACGAUUCGAAGACCUGAAGAAGAGGAAGUAACGGCCGAGAUAAUAAUUAAAGUGAUGAAAUGCGUUGUUUUUGUUUUUAUUCGUCGCAGUACUGUUUUUGUGCCUUCUGCAAAAAGAAAAGAUUUAGAAAAUUCAUGGUAGCCUACUAUGUGCUUUUGCAAUGAAAAAAAUAAAAAUAUAUAGUUAUGCUAUAUUCGGGAAUCAAGUAUGUAUAAAUUGUUAUAAUAUUAAUUAACGUACAAUAUGUUUAAUAUAUUUUUAUGAUUAUUACACGUGUAUUAUGUUUUAUAAUAAGUGUAUAUAUCUAUUUAAGUCACAUUUUUACAGGAAUGAUUAAUUCUUCUUAUUCCUUAUUUUUUCUUGUUUCAUUUCUCUUGAUAGAAAUGUCAUAUAUAUAUAUUUGUACAGUGUUAUUAAUUAUCCCAAUCUUCGCAUCUCUGAAAAAAAGUUAUAUUAAUUAUAAAGAGUAUUAAAA